AUGGGGCCCCCAGCCAAUAGGGGAUCAUGGGGCCCCUGUGUCCUUGCCCAAACUCAAAAAAGCCUAUGAAAAAGGUAUUCAGUACCUCUCACAGAGAUCACAGUGCUCCCCUGACAAUGCCUUCAUCUACCUUUCUCUCCAGAAGGACGGCACCAUCUUUGUUCAGGCAUCAUCAGGGGUGGACUAACAACUCAUGGGGCCCCCGGGCAAUAGGGGAUCAUGGGGCUCCUGUGUCCUUGCCCAAACUCAAGAAAGCCUAUGAAAAAGGUACCAGGGGCAUCUCAUGGGGCCCCCUACUGACCCCGGCCCUCGGGCAGUGCCCGAGUUUCCAAAUGGUCAGCCCGCCCCUG